AUGGGCAACUGUUGCUCAGGUGGCUCUGAUGAUGAACCUGCCCCCAAGGGAGAAACCAACCAGCAGCAAGAUGCAGCAGUUGCAGAUUCUGGCAACACCCCAUCACAACCACCACCAUCAUCAUCAUCCAAACCAUCACCUCCUCCUUCUAAGCAAUCAAAACCAGCACCAAUUGGUCCUGUCCUUGGAAGGCCAAUGGAGGAUGUGAAAGCCACUUACACAAUGGGGAAGGAGCUAGGGAGAGGACAAUUUGGUGUGACCCAUUUGUGCACACACAAGGCCACUGGUAAACAAUUUGCAUGCAAAACCAUAGCCAAGAGAAAGCUUGUGAACAAGGAGGACAUAGAGGAUGUUAGGAGGGAGGUUCAAAUCAUGCACCACCUCACGGGGCAACCUAAUAUUGUGGAACUCGUUGGUGCCCAUGAGGAUAAGCAUUCUGUUCAUUUGGUCAUGGAGUUGUGUGCAGGUGGUGAGCUUUUCGACCGUAUCAUUGCCAAGGGCCAUUACACUGAGCGUGCUGCAGCUUCCUUGAUGAGAACCAUUGUUCAGAUCGUUCAUACUUGUCAUUCCUUGGGUGUCAUUCAUAGGGAUCUUAAGCCUGAGAAUUUCCUUUUGUUGAACAAGGAUGAGAAUGCACCCCUCAAGGCCACCGAUUUCGGCUUAUCAGUUUUUUACAAGCAAGGAGAGAUGUUUAAAGACAUUGUUGGUAGUGCGUAUUAUAUUGCACCUGAGGUCUUGAAGAGGAAAUAUGGGCCCGAAGCAGACAUUUGGAGUAUCGGUGUCAUGCUAUACAUUCUUUUAUCCGGCGUUCCUCCAUUUUGGGCAGAAUCCGAAAAUGGGAUAUUCAAUGCCAUCCUAAGAGGCCACAUUGACUUUACAAGCGAUCCAUGGCCGUCCAUUUCGCCUGCUGCAAAAGAUCUUGUAAGGAAAAUGUUGAAUUCGGAUCCCAAGCAGAGGUUGACAGCCUACCAAGUUCUGAAUCAUCCAUGGAUCAAGGAGGAUGGAGAGGCGCCAGAUAAACCUCUUGACAAUGCAGUGCUGAAUAGGCUCAAACAGUUCAGAGCAAUGAACCAAUUCAAGAGAGUUGCUCUAAGGGUCAUUGCCGGCUGCUUAUCAGAGGAAGAAAUCAUGGGAUUGAAGCAGAUGUUCAAAGGGAUGGACACUGACAACAGUGGAACCAUCACAAUUGAAGAGCUCAAGCAAGGGCUUUCAAAGCAAGGGACUAAGCUGACAGAACAAGAAGUUAAGCAUUUAAUGGAAGCUGCAGAUGCUGAUGGCAAUGGAACCAUUGAUUACGACGAGUUCAUCGCAGCAACAAUGCACAUGAACCGAAUGAACAGAGAAGAACAUGUUUAUGCUGCCUUCCAAUACUUUGAUAAAGAUAACAGCGGGUACAUUACCAUUGAAGAACUAGAGCAAGCUCUCCACGAGUAUAACAUGCAUGAUGGCAGGGACAUCAAGGAAAUCAUUUCAGAAGUUGAUGCAGAUAAUGAUGGCCGGAUUAACUAUGAUGAGUUUGCUGCAAUGAUGACCAAAGGAAACCCAGAAGCUCAUACCAAGAAGAGGCGUGAUUCAACCUUGUAUUAA